UUUUUUUUUUAAUAGAAAAUCAGGAGGAACAAUGUGAGUGCCUGUGUGAGAUAUCUACCUCCAAACCUGAAUUCCCAGUGAGGAACAAUGGCAGACAUUCCUCAUUACUUGAAUCCCCCCACAGAUUGGUGGUACAAAGAUUUCAGGUUUAUCAGGGAUUGGUUCUGGUCCAUGGAAAACUGUCUUCCAGACAGACCUUUACCCGACAGUAUAAACUUUGUCGAAGAAGACCUCUUCCCAAACAGGUUGAAGAAUAUAUACGAGAUCGUUCCCGAUUCGCUCACCACGGAGUAUGGGCCGGACCGUGAAUAUUUCAUGUAUUCUCUUUGGGGCAGGAAAUACGCCGACGAGGCAAGGAUAGAAAGCGCGGAUGGAUCAGGGGUGUGGGAGCGAGUACAACAGCCGGAGGAAGGCAUGGUCGAAGCAGAAGGUUGCAUUAUUGGAGUCAGUAAGACUUUCAAAUACUACAGCAAUGGACAUGAAACUAGCUUCAUGAUGGACGUAUUCAGACCAUUUGAUCCCCAUCAAAGGUUGGGCGAUUGGGUUUUGUGCAAGGUAUACCUUUCAGACUGCUCGCCCAACUACCAGCAUCCACAAGCCGAACAAAGUGCUCCUGAAUUCGAUGCCAGAGAAGUAGCAUCUCCUAGACCAGAACAUAAUGCUGGGAGGAAGAGGGGGAGGGAGGAGGAAGAAGAAGAUUGAAUGGGCAUGCACAUAUGGAAAUCUGUCCAUUGGAGAACAUUCUACUAAACUACAAUCUCUGUGCACAGCAUGAUAUAAUGCUUCGUUACAGUAUAUUUUUCUUUGAAUGAUCCACAAUCUCAAUCACCCUAUGCUUUGCAGUAGGAUUAGCGAUUAGGCUUUCCAAUAAUACCUUGUACUCCUUGCUCUUGCUUGGCAAAUUUUCAAGUAUACUAUGAGCCCGUUUGGUAGCACCAAAAUCGGCUGUUUUGGCUGAUUCUGCUGAAAUUUAUGAUAUUCUGGCUGGAGUGGCUGUUUUGGCUGAUUCUGCUGAUUUAAGAAAAAAAUAUUUUAAAAAUAUAUUUUAUUAAUAAAUUAAAGAAAAAAUUAUAUGUAAAAAUAGCUAAAAUGGUCCUCUACAGUAACUUCAGCCAAUACAGCCAGAAAAGUAACUUCAACCUUACUUUUUCGGCUUAUUACACAAUUCAGCGCGCGAAAGUAAAAGUUACGUGUUUGGUGAAAAAGCUGGCUGAUAAGCCUGAUAAGCCGAAAACAGAGUUCUCCAAACGGGCUCUAUAUGCUAAUGCUUUUGAAUUUCUGUCCCCUGGAUUACAUGUUAAGAAUUUGUUGAGUUCCAUUAAUUGUCUUAUGGUUGUAUAAUAACAACCUCAAAAUACAUCUACAAAUGCUGUUAAAGCGUGGGGCUCCAUGAGGUUGACAAGCAUUUUUCACUUCAUCAGCAUUGCGUGCAUACAGUUCAAACCAAUGGUUUUUUUUACCUUUUUUUCUGCUUACUGGGGUCUAAACAACUUGAUAUUUUCUGUGUUUGCUGGGUUAAUUCCAUUCUACACUGUAAUUUUAUUUCAUUUGGAAAGAUUAUGUUUGAUUCAGUUCUAUAGAAUGUAUUUGUUGUACUCAUCCGUUUUUUGUUUGCUUCUUGUUUGGUAAGGUAUUUUAUAAUGGUAGUUCAUCAAGCAGCAAUCUGUGUGGUGUUACAGCCUUACAGGAUGCACAACAUAUUGCGGGAAGAGCAUUUUGACCCACAUAUGUACGUAGUAUAGGCUAAACUAACACAAAAAAUGUACUAGUUUUGCCUAUUUUACUUAUAAAUAAAUGUUACAGAUGAGGUAUUGUUAUCUGAUUUGACAUAAGAUCCGGGCGCCUGCAUUGUUUUAAUUGGUUGUGUGAUCUAUUUUGCCAUCAGUGACCGUGUGGCCGUGUGGGUAUAUAAUUAUACUGGGAUCA